CGCCGAUGGACUAACACCGCGCUCUGCAGACUUCGCUUCUAAUUCAUUCUCUUUCUUCCCCCCCCCUGCCCCAGAUCAUGUAUUCCCCCUGAUUUCGGUGCUCAUUUCGUCCCACUCGAUUGAAAUGAUCCCCAAUCCCCGCUAAUAUCGACUCAUCUUGAUCCCCGUUCGCACUCUUGCGCGCCAAGAUGUCCGUUCUCCGUCAUCAUGGGGGGUCCUACCUCCAGCGACGCCUCACCAAGAUGUAUACCGACACCAAAACAUCGUGUGAGAGCGUCACCACCGCGUCCAAGGCUGUCGACGACCCCGAAUUAGUCACCCUCCACCGGAAUUUCAGAACCCAGCGAGACCGACUGUUGGCAUGGGGUCUCGACUGGAGCGAUGCUAGCGCAGCCCAGCCGAACGAUAUCGACGAGUCGCUGACCCAGGCUGGCUUCAGCGACGUCGUUGCCAGUGUUAUGUCGUCAAUUCAAGAACUCCUCAACGAAGCCGAACGCUUGCAGCACACGGGAACCUCCGACCUCCUACCGCCCAAAGGUGGCCGAGCCGACAAGGAUGCGAAAGAUGCCCUGAGCCGUCUGCCGGUCAAGACGCACUGGACCAACGAGGAUAUCAAUCGAUCGAAGACCCUGCUCUCCGACUUGACCUCUUGCAUUGAUACACUCUAUGACCUGUCUCGUUCGCGGCGCACUAUGGCCUCCAGUGGGCAGUCGGGCUGGUCGCGGCAGUACUCCGCCUCCCAAACACCUACCACGGACUCCAAAUCCUAUCACGGUCCUUCCUACGACUCGAAGCAGAUGUAUGCUAGCUCCACCACGAAACAAGACCCCUUCGAAUACUCGCCCUACCCCACCCAUAAUCUGGAUAAGCCAAGGCUGGAGAACUCGCAGAACUACCUCAUCGAUCGCUCGGCGCUGCAGCUCUCUGGUGCAUCCCACGACAACAGCCCUCCGCCGUAUGAAAUGGUCGCCGCUUCCACUAAUUCUCGCGCUAUUGGUCGCAUCAAGACCUCGGCAUCUCCAUUUUUGCGCGGUUCCAAGGACUCGACAGCCACUAUUCUCGUUGAAUUCACACCCAUGAUUCUGGAGUCGUCGGGCGCUGUCGCGGUCCCCAGUAACAAACGUCUUGAUCACGUCAACCAGACCCUCGACCAGCUGGUUCAGAAUGCGCGGGUUUCUCACCUGGGUUUGUUGAAGUUCCUGGGUUAUUAUAUUGACAUGCCCAACUCCCGCUAUGCUUUCAUCUACCAGAUGCCAAUGGACUAUUUCCCGUUCCUUCGCAACCCCACCGAUCUGUUGCAGGGUCUGAAACCGAAGCAACUGGUGUCUCUAUUCCAGACCAAAGAAGAUAACCAGAUUCCCAAUCUGGAAACGAGGUUCCGUUUGGCCUACGACCUACUGAUGGCCGUACUCCAAUUAAGGAGCCAGAAUCUGGUGCACGGCAACAUCAAUAGCAGCAACGUUCUCAUCUUUCCGGGACUGACGAACUCUAACAACGACGAAGUUAGCCUAACGGAGAACCUUCAACACCCCUACCUGACGUCUUUCGCGCAAUUUUCUGCUAACGGGUCUACGCCCGAACCUUUGUCGUCAAGUAUGUACCGUCAUCCCGACGACAAGCGGUCACUUGAGGACGAUGCUGCCUGGGCUUACGACCUGUACUCGCUGGGCCUGGUCUUGAUGGAAAUCGGAUUGUGGGCGCCUGUAAGCCGCCUGUGGAAGAUGAAGUACAACAACUCCAUGUUCAAGCAGAGGAUCGAGAACGUCUACCUGCAGAAACUGGGCCCCAAAUGCGGCAGUGCCUACCUUCACGUGGUGCAGCUAUGUCUAGAUGCGCCGAACUUCCACCUCUCCACGCAGCCUUUCGACGACCUGAAUCUACGAGUGCCUCAAACCUUCCACUACCCAGUGCUGGAUCUCUCCGAGCCCGACAGCAUCUUUUCGUUCUCGAUGAAUUUCAUCUACACCAUGUCCAAGAUCGCCUGGUCCUGCUGCCGAAUUGAUCUAUUUUCGGCGCCGAAUGCCGACGAGCUGGAUGAUUGCCUGCCCCUUGCUCUUGUUCCUAGACCUGACGUGCAGGAUUCGAAAGCGGCAAUGAGAGAAUUUGAACCCGCGCAUACCCAAUCCGUUCCUAUUGCGGAGCCAUUUCCCAUAUUGCCCCAUGCCGACAUGAAGGCUCUUCGAGGCAAAAUGGGUCUCGACGAGCCACAAACUCGUAAAAGAACUUUCAAAAAGCUCACCAACGUUGAAAUCCCACAGGAACAUCUGAAUGUGUGGAAUUUCCAGAUGCUUCCCCGACUCCGAAAGCUCCUACAGAAAAUCUUGAAAGACUCCUCCGAAUCGUGUGGUGUUACUCUCAUGAUGACCGGCGAUGCGCCGGAAAACGCUCGGACCACGAUCUGUGUGACUUGCGCUAGCGCAAAGAAGGUCCGUGCGGCGUUAAAGAAGUAUUUCCCGCUGGAGAGCGAAGAUUGGGAUCUUCUUGUGCUCCGGGGCGACAUCCAACGGUCCAAAGUCCCACGCAAGAAGCGCCGCAGGCCGGCGAAGACUGGACCGGAGAGAGCAGACCCGCAUGGCCCUUCUUACCAAGACCCAAACCCUUGUCAUCAGCAACGGCCUCUGUGCGGCGCAUCCAUGGGGGCAUUCCUGAACGAGGAGCAUCUGCCUCCGGUGACAUACGGUGGCGCCAUACUGGUAGAUGGCAUGCCCUAUGGGAUGACCGUUCACCACAUGCUCGAAGCACCCAGUGACCAGGAGGAUGAGGAUGAAGACUCUGGCGGGCCUUUGCGGUCGGCUGGUAAUUGGCCGCAACCGUCAGGUCCGCAAGAUGCGGAAUUCAUGUACAGCUGGGCUGAUGAGGAAGGGCCGUCUGAUUUCGACCUUGAAUUUGAAAUCUCGGAAGAUGAGGACGGAGAUGGGCAUUCCUUAGAUGGGAAUUACGAGGAGUUCUGCCUGUCGGAGGGCUAUUCAUCGGACGAGGACGCGUUCGGGCUUGACGACGACGAGUACGAAGAUGAGGAUGCAGCAUCCAUCGGUGACACGGCGGGCAUCGAACCCGGCGAUGAGCCACCUUUAUUCGUCACGCAGCCCGCGAUUGAUGAUGUUCGAGAAGACUUCUUUCCAUCUCCCGAAGACCGCGACGAUGAACACUUGGCCUCUCACUCUUUCGGGUUCGUUCAUGCGUCAUCUGGUGUUCGACGUUGGACACGAAAAGGGAUUAAACACGAGAUUGAUUGGGCAUUGAUCAAAAUCAACGAAGAUCGGAUCGAUGUUCGCAACAUUGUUUAUGACAAAGCGUCAGCAUCCAGGCCGAAUGCAUCCAGGCGACGAUACGGUGACCGCAGUCCACUUCCCCAAGGCGAAGUCAUCUACUUGAAUGACAUUGCACGGUUAGAAGAUAUCGGCGGCUUAAAUGUGCACUGUUGCGGUCGAACGAGCGGCCUGCAAACGGGACAGAUCUCACGGGCAAUGACAAUCGUCAAGCUGCACGGUCGACAGACCUUCUCGACGAGCUUUUGUGUGGAUGGGAAUUUCGGGGGUAAGUAAGCACACCACAGUUCACUACGCACUCUGGUCAUUUAUCCAAGCAACCACAUGCUAACUCGUCUUGCUUUAGUCCCCGGCGAUUCAGGCGCAUGGGUCUUCGAGCGGUCGACCGGCCGUGUCUGUGGCCACGUUCUAGCCUGGUCCGACAAAAGCCACACGGCCUAUAUAGCGCCCAUGGAGGUCCUCCUCGAGGAUAUCGCGCGCACUCUCAACGCAUCCUACGUUGCCCUCCCAGGGGGCCCAGAUGGGUCGCUUGCCUACGCCAUGCCUCAUUCGAACACCCUGGAGCCUCAGAACCCGCGCUACCGCAAUCCCCUUCCACUCCCGGAUCAGAUUCCCGUUGACAUCGGGCGACUCCGCAUCGACGAUCCCAGCAUGGGGCCUGUCAAUACCAGUCGUGGUCUACGAGAGGUCCCGUAUCGGGGCAUGCCGCCUAUAUUGACCCAACCACGCAGUCUAGAAAGACAAAUUGCGUGAGGACUUGGACAUACCUACUCGCUCCUUCGAUCCAUAUCUCUCCUUACUUCGCCAAGUACUUACUUACCUUGUCCCCUAUGCGGGAAGAACAUAUACCACAUGCUCAUCCACCUUCCUUUCCUACAAAAUAUUACCCCUGGUCUAAUUUUGCUUCACGUUUAUAUGAAUGACCUAUGAACGAGCCGAUAGGAAACCCUUUCCUUUCCUGGUUCCUUGUAUCUUUUUGUUUGUCUUGUUCAGUCCAAUCCAAUAAUACCCCCUUCUGCGUUUUCAUUUUUAUGAUUAUUAUUGUGGUUCUAUCUCUAUCACAGGUCUCCUAUCUACUGCCUACCUACCAGUUAGUUACUAGCAUAUAGUACGUGAGCAAGACUUGACUGAGUUUGGACUCUAUCUGUACAACAGUAGAUAGCCUCCCGAGUACACAUCUUGGUAGCCAUGUCAACCAAAACUAAUUGACCAUCAUGAAAGUUCUAGAUGUAGAGAGGCCUCUCCAACGAUAUAAUCUAAACAGAUAAAUAACUUUCUGCUGUUGCAUCCAUACAUAAAGGGAACCAAGGGCUUCGCCCUUGGCUGCUUGCCCUUCAGGUAGAAUCCUAUAACGUCUACAACAAUCUGAUGAUCAUACCUUCUUUUACGUUCUUGGAGACGCACUCUUGCACGUAGCUUCGGCAGAUUCAUCAAUUAUAGCAAAAUCUUUGAAUUCGAACGAGCUAGCAUAACUAUAUGAUCAAAAUAAUCAAGUAACCUGGACCGACACAAUCGGGAUAUUUUGAAGAACCGGUGUUUCACCUCAUUCUACCCAUUGGUGUGUGGGGGGGAUAUCAUUCCAAAAGAUAGAGAGCAAUUGAUAUACUUGCCAUCUUCUUUCGAACCUCCAGGAAGAUCUAUCCUCUACACCGUCACUACCAUACCAUCUCUCAAGGGCUUCCGGCGUUGGCUCAAAAGGCUCGUCGUCAAGUUUCACGCCAUUCUUAAUAUACCACGCCCGGAGAUCAUGAUCCACGCGUAGGCGAGAAGUCGAUUGAUAUCUCCUAGAUCUCGCGAAACGCACAUUUCAAUAUCG